AUGAGGUUCACUCCCGCGCUUUUGAGCUUCGCGGCUACGGUAGCUGCGCACGGUGACCACGGGCAUGACCAAGACCCUUUGAAUGGUCCUCAUGAGGGACUGUGGUACAACACACUUCCUGGCGAUGGCGGCAAACAAGCCGACUCCAUCUUCUCCGGCAUAUCUACAUUUGGCCGCCUCCCAUACCACCCAUGUCUCUCUAGCAACACGCAGUUCGACAUUGCGUUCAUUGGUGCGCCCUUUGACACUGGCACAUCCUACCGCCCUGGUGCUCGCUUCGGGCCCAGCGGUAUCAGACAAGGUUCCCGCCGCCUCAAUCUCUAUGGUGGCUACAACGUUCCACUCGCGGCGAACCCGUUCAACUCGUGGGCUAAGGUUGUGGACUGCGGUGAUAUUCCCGUUACUUCGUACGACAACGCGUAUGCGCUCCAGCAAAUUGAAGAAGGCCACAACCUACUGUUGAGCCGCCCGCCACACACACAUGCCAACAAGCCAGGCCCCUCAAAGACAGGCAAGACGCUCCCUCGUCUGAUCACUCUCGGAGGAGACCACACCAUCACACUCCCCCUUCUCCGUUCCAUCAACCGAGAAUACGGCCCCAUCACCGUCAUCCACUUUGACAGCCAUCUCGAUACCUGGCGCCCCAAAGUCUUCGGCGGCGCACCCUCCGAACAAGCCAGCAUAAACCACGGCACCUACUUCUUCCACGCCGCCCAAGAAGGCCUCCUCGCAAACGACACCAACAUCCACGCCGGCAUCCGCACGACCCUAUCCGGCCCCUCUGACUACGAAAACGAUGGCUACUGCGGUUUCGAAAUCGUCGAAGCACGUGAAGUGGACAAGAUCGGCACCGAUGGCAUUAUCAAGAAGAUCCGCGAGAGGGUCGGCUUGGAGAAGCCCGUGUAUCUGAGUAUCGAUAUCGAUACGCUGGAUCCUGCUUUCGCACCCGCAACUGGCACCCCCGAAACCGGCGGCUGGACCACACGCGAACUCCGCACCAUUAUCCGCGGUCUCGAAGGCAUCAACCUCAUCGCCGCCGACAUUGUCGAGGUCGCACCCGCUUACGACACCAACGCCGAAUUAACCACUAUGGCUGCUGCUGAUACGCUGUAUGAGGUUAUGACGUUGAUGGUUAAGAAGGGGCCGUUGAGCUAUAUGGGGGCUCCCAAGGAGAUUAUGGAGUUGUAG